CCACAAAUCAUUUCGCGUGGAUUUCGUGACGUUUUUUUGCGUGUAUUGCUAUCGGUUGUUUUCAAAUGUUAUUUAAUUUUUAAGAUGUGUUAUGUGAGAAUUGUGUUGUAUAUACUAUCUAUAAUAUUAAAUCUCGUGGAUUAACUUUAAGUGUUUAAGACCUCUUGUUUUGUCGCGUAAACGUAGUCAACUCAGAGUAUUGAGGUAUGAAAAUGACGGGUGAAAUGGAUUCUUCAACAUUAGUCGUUCGGCAUCUUCCCUCGGAACUGUCAAUAAAAGAAAAGGAAGAAAUGCUUAAAUAUUUUGGUGCUAGCCAUGUGAGGGUUAUGUCAGAAACAGGAAGGAUGAAACAUACAGCAUUUGCUACAUUUUCUUCACCGCAACAUGCUGAACAAGCUCUGAAGAGACUACACCAGCUGAAUGUACUAGAACGCCGCCUGGUGGUUGAAUUUGCAAAACCCCAACAGAAGAAAUAUUUUCCUCAUGAAGGUGACUUUUCAAGAACUGAAUUAAUGGAACAGAAAGUACUUCCGGCAAAGGAAAUGCCUGAAAGGGAGGAAAUCCAGUCUAGAAUGGCAAAAUUUAAGUUACAGUUGCAUAGUGUUGCUCCUAAACUUGGAUUGGAUUACCUUCCUUCUCCACUCCUAAAGUACAGAUAUCCUCCACCAACACCAACGAUUCUGUCCAACAUCUGUCAUGCAUUGUCUGCUGUACCAAAGUUUUACACUCAGGUUCUUCAUCUGAUGAAUAAAAUGAACCUACCUGCUCCAUUUGGUCCUCUGACUCCUACACCACCUGUAAUGCCAGAUGUUCAACCAUCUGUCAACCCAGUUGGAAAAGAUAUGUUGGAAGAAGAAGAGAUGGAUGUUACAACUUCAGAAGAAGAGUCUGAAAUAGAAAGUGAAACAGAACAAGACAAAAAAGAAAAAUUACAACCCCUUAAACGUCCUACCCGUCGAGUUAAACGAAAGUUUAAGAAACCUAAGUUACAGCAACUCCAGGCUCCUUCUACGACAGUAACUGUUCGAACUGACCCUACAGAAGUGUUUGAAACGCCAGUGGGAUUUACAGAGAACCAGGCUACUAAGAAAAUCCAAUUGAAUAUUAAGCCUACAGAGGUGGAAGUGUUAAAUAAUAAGGAUAUUGUUAGUGAAACCAAAGACAGUGUUUGUGUCCAAGAAGGAGGAUUUGGUAUGCUAAUUCCUCAACAGGAUGUAGUACAUGAUACAAAGGAAGAUGAUGAAGAUCAAAAUUUGUGGGUUGGAUCAAAGUUUGUGUCGUCUGAUGAACUACAAAAAAAUAGAAUUACUAAAGAAGAAAAAAGAAGUCUAUCGGUUUUCAGAAAUUAUCAGGCAGGAGAACCAUCUUCCAGGCUCUAUAUUAAAAACCUAGCCAAACAGGUUGUUGAAAAGGAUUUACAUCGGAUAUAUGGCAGGUACAUUGACAGAGAUUCGGAGGUUGAGAAGAACAUGUAUGAUGUACGUGUCAUGAAGGAAGGUCGAAUGAAAGGUCAAGCAUUUGUGACACUGGCCAGUGAAAAGGAAGCUUCGAAAGCUGUUGCAGAAACAAAUGGAUUCCUACUGUAUGGAAAGCCGUUAGUUGUACAAUUUGCCAGGUCUGCUAAGCCAAAAGGAAAACAGACUGAAACAAAAAAAAAGUAACCACAACAAGCUCUGGAAGAAAUGAAGAUACACCAACAUUCUCUGCAGAGCCUUAGUUGUGAAAGUAGCAAAUAUUCUGUGUAACAUGUUUAACAAACAUCUACUGCCCCAAGAAAAAAAGCAGAAUGGUUUUAGAAAGUUAUCACUCAAUUUUUUUGUCGUGGUUAUUUCCUGAACAAAUAUAGUGACUCAUUUGGUUUGUCAUCUAUUAUUAAUGUAGAAAAUCAAGACAGGCUAGUUUCAUUAACAGUUUCUCAACCACCAGUCUGCAGUCCAUCAGUUAUCAUCGAUCCAUCACAACCACCUUGCUGGUACAUGUGAUUUUGUGAAAACAAACAAAAACUGACAGAAUAUUCGUAUGCUGAUCAUAAUGGUUUUCCAUUGUACUUGCAUUUUAGUGGUCCAAGACAGCUUACGGAAGUAUUGAGCCUAUCCCUGGUAUCAAAGAGGUUGAGGUAUGCUGGACUGUAACAUUAUAUUCCUAUGCGGAUAGAACACUGAUUGUAAUCAAAGAAUACCACCUGAAUGUUACAUAUUUUCAUGCAUGAUGUUCUACUUUUUCUUACAACUUAUGUAGUGUAAAUAUAUUCAGUCUAUAUUGUAAUAACUAAUUCAUAAAAAUUGUUGAAUUGUGCUUUUUCCAUUUCUUACUAUAAAUUUUCCUGUUUUAUAUAUUUCCAUGAAUAGGACUACCUGACUAUCAUGAAAAGAUUCAGUUGGUAGUUUCAAAGUUUGAAUGAGCUUUUUGUUGCUUCUGGUUAUGGGCCAUUAAUUUUCUUGCCCAAAUUAUUUUACAAUUUUUGUGUGAUUAUGCUCUUAGCUUUUAGUGACUGAAUUACAGUAUAACUGUAAGAAGGCUCCCAGAAGUACAGCAGUAUGUCUCCAGACUUACAACACUAGAAACGGGGUUUCGAUACCUGUGGUCGGAAGAGAACAAAUAGCCCAUUGUGUAGCUUUGUGCUUAAUUACAAACAAUGGAAAACUACAGGAAGAAAUACAAACUUAAAACAACUGAGUUAUAUUAGACUAAACCUCCGUUGAGAAUCAUUACCUUCGAUUUAUGAGGAAUAGUAUUGAAAAUUAUCAGUUCUAAGUUGUAAAAAUUCAUCCUGAAAGAAAAUAACUUAUGUUGUUUUUUUUCCUUAAAGAGACAUUAGACCGUGUUUUGUGAAAGAUGAAUCUGUUGCUGUCAGUAUUGUUGAAUUGUACUUGAAAUUCUAAAAUUAUCAGUAUUUUUUGUUAAGUUAUUAAGUGAUCCAAAUACCGAAAAGUUUUUCUUAGGAGGGGUCAAAGAAGCUUAUUAACCCUUUAAGUACACACUGUUUUUUUCAGUCAUAUGCUCAAAAUCAUCAUCAGAUAAGUCAGGUUUGGAGCCAUAAUUAUUUUCAGCUUUCACAAGUUCAAUUAUCUCUUCAAAUGUGAAAAACAAUGGAGCAAUUUAAUACCAUUUUGGGUCAGUUUUCUCAUAAAAAUUAAAAUUCAACUGCAAAUAUUACUGAUGUUUUGAACAGCAACAUACAUCAUUUGGAUGUGAAUCAGUGGCUGAAAUCAUCAUCUGAUUAGGCUUUUGUAUAUUGACUUUGUGCUCUUGAUUCACAUUUCUAGCAGGAAAUUCAAACACAUUAUGGAGUCACCAUAUGGUGACAGGUGGACCGAAAGGGUUUAUCCCUAAAUUCAAGAUUUCAAAUAUAUUAUAUAAUUUCAUAUAAGCUGUUGUCUUUAUGGGAAAGAUUAACUUGUAACAGGCAGUGCCCUUAGUGCUAAUUGUUGGAGUUUCAAUUACACCAAAUUGAUUUAGUUGGGGAUUACAGUCGCGAGUGGAGCUCACAAGUCGCUAACUCGAGGUAAUUUACCGUUAGAAUAAAGAAACGGAUACCAAAACUAACAUUGAACAAAAUAUAACAACAUUUAUUAAAUCUUUCCACACAUGUAAUACACUGUUAAUAUCAAUACUUAAAACAUUUACUAAACCAUUAGUUUAUAGCAACUUUACUUUUCACCUUUCAGUUAACAAGCUUCCUUUACCUACGUUAAUUGAUCAAGAGAGAUAACAAUUCUAUACUUACAACAGAGUUGGACUGGUAUACUUCUGGAGAUUUGAGACUUUCAUAUUCAUAGAAUGCUGAUAAAAAUCGAACAAGACUGAAGAACUUCAGACAUGAGUUUUUAACCCAUAUUUUCUUUGUAUUCUGUUAACCUUCCAAAUAGUGUUCCUAACUACCCGCAAGUAGUUCUAACACUUCAUUGGUCAAUUUGUGCAACUUCCCGGGCUAGUCCAAAACCAUAACCAAAACUCUCAAGCGAUUGGUUACUGUUAUGGUGAGUUAGCUGGUUGCCUUCUCACUUUUACUAGUACACCAGCGACUUAUAAGGAAUAUAUCCUCAAAGUACCGCUUUUGCAUGUUAACAUCAACUUUUUUGUACCUUCCACAGUAGUAACGAGUUUGUGUCAGUAAUUAAUCACUGCCAAUCAUUUAUGCUAGUGUUUUUCUCAACAUCUCCAAUGUAGCUUCAUUUUUUAUAACUCUUUAAGUUGUGAUUCUCAAUACCACUUAACCAGCUAGCUGUAUUUUCUUAGCUAUUGACUUUAUUUCAUAAUACAG